AUGUGUAUUGGCACGAUUAUCUACACAAACGAGUGCGACUAUUUAUGUUUGUUGGAACUAAGUGAGACACGCUGGUCGAGGAGCCCCGAGCUCCUCGACCCCUAUGUCGAUGCAGGGAUGCAACGACGAGGAGGUCCGUCCCCUCGACCCCUAUAUCGGGAUAUCGGCAUGACGUCGCCGACACGAGGUCAAGUCGACCUCCAACAGUCAAAACCUGCAAUAACAAUCAAGAUAUCACAUAUUCGAGCGAGAGAAGUCAUAGAAGCCUUCUACGACAGAUUUCAAUAA